AUGACACAAACCCGCGCAGAGCAGUUCUUUAAUCUUAAAGCGGUCAAUGUGGCCGCUCGACACAUCCAAUCCGAACAGAGCCGAGGGAAGCAAGAUAGCGUUCAAACCAUCCAAACUUCUCACCGCCUCGACAUACUAUAUGCUUUGCUGACAGGCGAUGACCCCACAUCACCAGCUUCUGGUUCAGAGGGUCAGGUAGAGGCGGACUACACUUUGCUUUCGGGGAAUAUGGUGGACUUGGGCUGUGGACAGGGUGACCAGACUGGUGUCCUAGCUGCGGUCCUUUCCAACAAUCCAGAGCGAUACAAAGAGUCAAAGGUGUGGGGUGUUGACCCUGCAGUACCGGGCUACGGAUCGCCAUACACUAUCCAGCAAGCACAAGAGGAGCUCCUCAAGGACAUUACUAUCUCGAAUCAUCUUUCCUUCCAACUCGGCAAGACUGGGCCCGAAAUGCUGAAGGAGCGAAGCUUUGACACUGUGUUCUUGUCUCAUAGCUCUUGGUACUUCCCUUCAGCUCAAGUUCUGACCGCAAGUUUCAAAUCGAUUCGAGAGGCGGGGGUCAAGCAUCUGUUGCUUGCAGAAUGGGCCAUGACCGCCUCCCAUCCCAACGCUCUUCCGCACCUUCUCUCCGUCCUGUUGCAAGGUCAAUCACCAGUAGAGGGAGGUAAUGUGCAGACUGCGCUCAGCCCUGAACAGAUGAAGAAAGUGGCUGCUGAUUCAGGGUGGAAGGUCAAACGAGAACUGACGUUUUUGCCAGCAGAAAAGCUGCAAGAUGGAGGAUGGGAGGUUUAUAUGGCUCGAGAAGCUGCUCACGAGGCGGCGAAAGCGGAUGCGGGAGGAGACGAGGUCAAGGCUAAGCUACUACAGUUGGUUCAAGCGACAAGGUAUGCCAUGGAAGAAGCGGCAGCGAGAUACGGCAAGCAGACACGAUCAAUGGACGUUUGGACUGCUGUACUAAUUCCAGCUUGA